CAUGAGGGAGUCCACAUGUGACCGAAAGGACCCCGCGGCAACACCGCAGACGCCUGCAUGUUUUCGGGCAGCCUCGCGUUCAGAUCAGCUGGACAGACGGGUCCUGUUUGUUUGCAGAGAGCUGGAGCAGACGCGUGUUUUCUUUACUUUCUGAACGACAUUUAAGACGUUUUUUAACAUGUCGUCGCCGCUAGCGAAGCCCCAGAUCAUUGCACACAUCCAGAGGAGUGUGAACUACACGGUGUUCGACACGAAAUGGAUCCCCUGCAGCGCCAAGUUCGUCUGUCUGGGAAACUUCCCCCGAGGAACCGGAGUGAUGCAGACCUACGAGGUGCAGCACGGAGAGGCUCGGCUGCUGCAGGAGGUGGAGAAACCUAAACCCAUAAAGUGUGGGACAUUUGGAGCCACUUCUCUGCAACAAAGACACAUAGCAACUGGAGAUUUUGAUGGAAAUCUCAAUAUAUGGAACCUGGAGAUGCCUGACGUUUCAGUGUACUCAGUAAAGGCCCACAAAGAGAUCGUGAACAGUAUUGAUGGUGUUGGCGGCCUGGGGAUUGGUGAUGGAGCCCCUGAGAUAGUCACUGGAAGCAGAGACGGGACGGUAAAGGUUUGGGAUUCCAGACAGAAGGAUUCGCCGGUCGCCAACAUGGAGCCCGUGGAAGGAGAAACCAAGAGGGACUGCUGGACUGUUGCUUUUGGACACGCCUUCAACGACACGGACCGCUGUGUGUGUGCUGGAUACGACAACGGGGACAUCAAACUCUUUGACCUGCGGAAUAUGUCUGUCCGGUGGGAGACCAACAUUAAAAACGGGGUUUGCUGUGUGGAGUUUGACAGGAAAGACAUCAACAUGAACAAGCUGGUGGCCACCUCGCUGGAGGGAAAGUUCCACGUCUUUGACAUGAGGACCCAACACCCGACCAAAGGGUUCGCCUCCGUUUCCGAAAAGGCUCAUAAGUCGACCAUCUGGCAGGUGAAGCAUCUUCCUCAAAACAGAGACAUCUUUAUGACCGCAGGAGGAGCAGGAAACUUACAUCUAUGGAAAUACGAGUAUCCGGCUCAGAGAAACAAGAUGGACUCAGACGACAUGGAGGUGGGCGUAGCCGGCUCCGUCAACCUCCUGCAGAACGCCACCCUGUCCACGCAGCCCAUCGCCAGCCUGGACUGGAGCCCCGACAAGCAGGGCCUGUGUGUGUGCUCGGGCUUCGACCAGACGGUCCGCGUGCUCAUCGUCACCAAACUCAACGUGGCGUGAAAACGUAGACCAUGACCGAGAAGGACGGUGCAUUGGGGGAUUUUGUGAGGAUGAAUUGUCUUUUAUCUGAAGACAACACCGUCCCUCUGCAGGUCUUGGCGGCUGUCCAUCUAGAUUUUGUACAAUUCUUGCUAGAAAACCAUUUUACCAAAAUGAGCUUUGAGAUUUGUCUCUGUUAAAAUGUGCAGUCCUCAGCUGAGCCCUGCAGGAAACGUUAACCUGUAGUUCAGAGAAAUGUCCCCGUAACACAAUGAUGUCUCAUAUUAUGGAAGCAGCCUCUAUUAGCAAGAACAAAUGAGUCUUAUAGCCUCUGGCUUGGAAUAAGACUUUGGGGAUCAAAUAUUUAAUUUCUUUAUCUGCUUCCAUUUUUGUCAGAUGUCACUGAAACACUUUUGUUGCACUAUUGGCGGAUGUUGUUCCCGUUUUGUUAAAGUUAUCACUUUUGAUAUGUUAUUGUUAUUGAGAAAUUAAAUGUGCCUUUGGAGAAAACAAAGUGUUUAAUAUGAAUGUCUUAUUUAGAACACAAGGAGGAUUACUAUAUUAAUGAACACAGAGAGUCUUACAUGCUGCUUCAGUCUUUU